GUACAUUUUUAGACUACCGGAAGCAGUAUGGAUCUGACGGGCAGUAACCCGCGGUUGUGAGAAUGCGUUAUAUGCAGAAGGACAGUCAGAGUUUUAAUAUAGUGUUAAAGUGACAUGCUAAAAGAAGAACUUUAAAUGAUUCAUGUGUAAAAAUAUGCUUUUGUAUGCGUCAGUGAUUCGAAGUGACCCGUCUCCCCUAAAUUGUUAUCUGCUAUCCAUUCAUUGAAGGAGUUUCCUCGUUAUUCUUAACUUCAGAGAAAGCUUUUAUAUCAAAUAAGUAUUGGUACAAGUCAACAUGUCUUCUGUACGAUUACCCCCACUUCCAUCCAUGCAAGAUCUCAUUCGUCUUUAUCAGUUACGAGCGAGGAAACAAUUGUCACAGAACUUUCUUCUUGACAUGAAUCUUACCCGUAAAAUAGUCAAAUCUGCCGGGAAACUCGACGGUGGAUUUGUGUGUGAAGUAGGGCCUGGCCCAGGCGGUAUAACUAGAUCAUUGCUGAACACCGGUGCUCACCAUGUUGCUGUGGUCGAAAAGGAUAGGAGAUUUUUGCCAAGUUUACAGCUCUUAUCAGAGGCUGCGCAAGGGCGUUUGAGCAUACACAGUGGCGACAUCCUAAGCUUCAACAUGGAGAAUAUAAUUCCAGAAAAUCUUGCAGUACCAUGGGAUUCAGCACCUCCUAAUAUUCACAUCAUUGGCAACCUUCCAUUUAGUGUGUCAACACCUCUUAUUAUUAUGUGGCUUGCAGCAAUGUCUAAUCAGUCAGGGCCAUGGAAGUUUGGUAGAACAAAAUUGACUCUGACAUUUCAAAAAGAAGUCGCAGAAAGAAUGACUGCUAAUAUCCUAUCAAAACAGCGUUGUCGUCUGUCAGUGAUGUGUCAGUACCUUUGUAAAGUGGACCUGAAGUUUGUAAUACCAGGUCGAGCUUUUGUUCCUGCACCAGAGGUUGAUGUGGGUGUUGUCCACAUAGUUCCCAGAGUACAGCCCCUUAUUAACCUGCCUUUCUCCCUAGUAGAGAAAGUGGUGCGGCAUAUUUACCACUUCAGACAGAAAUAUAUUCGCAGAGGAAUUGAGACACUAUUUCCCCCAGACCGACUGGAUCUAGUAGAAGCAAUGUUUGAGGAGACAAAUGUCAGGCCAGAGGCACGAUCUUUCCAGUUAUCUAUUGAACAGGUCGGUCGGCUGUGUCAUGCAUACAAUAAUAUUUGCCAGCACAAUGCUGACAUAUAUACAUAUGACUACCGCAGUCAAGAGAAUGCCAGGCAAGUGCGAAAGAAAAAUCAGAUACAAUUAGAGAAAUUUGAGGCAGAGAUUCUUGGAGAUAUAAUCCCUCAAAGUUAAUGUGGAUGUUCAAGUACAGAUUAUUCAGAAUGUAUGCAGGGUUUCAAGCAAACUGUGAACACUUGGAACUUUGGCUGUAAAUGUGUGCUAUCCAUGAAUAAACAAAAUGCCAAAAGAAAA